AUGAUGAUGAUGGGUAAUGUGGGUGUCCAUAUUUUAUGGGCCUACCCGCUGUCAAAAAUGGUCUAGAGAGUUGGUUGGGUUGGUUCUAGGAAAAGUCGUGGCCAGAGAUACUUGGGAUUGGCCGUUUGUGGUGCGAGUUGAAAGAUCCAAAGGAAAGGCCAACCAGGCGAACGAUUCCAAUCGAAGACGAUCGAGCUAGUUUGAACCUGGGAAUUCUAAAAACUGCAAGCUAAAAAAACUGCAAGAACUACCUUAGAUAAGUCACCGCUUUUGAUGAUCGGAUCACAGUACGAUCUUUUGGUAACUUCGCCUGCUUGCGUAGUGGGAGUACGACUCUGUUGCUUUGUUAGCUUGGUUAGCUUGAUUGGAGAGUGUGCAUGUCUUUACCUUUGCUUUGCUUAUCUUCUUGCCUUUUAUUCUCUGAUAUUUAAUAUACACAGCCGACCUUGGAGGGGAAAGGAAAAGGAGCCCUUGCUGUUUUGUUGUUUUGUUCCGAGGAUUGACUACGAGGUUUAUAUGUUCAUUGCCAUCUUUUGGUAUCUGCGUCGAUAUCUGCAUCUGCACAUACGUCUUUUCCGUAUCUAAAUUUGCAUUUCCAUACUCUACAUACCAAUUCGAUUGGACACAAGAGCUCCUUCUAAUGGCGCCUUCAGACACGACAAAUGAAUCUUGAUAAUUGAAUUGGGGAAUAUUGACGACGAGACCGGUCGAUACGAUACGGCACGAAGGACGGUGGUUGAUAUGAUUAGUAGAUUGCGGGAAGGUUAUGUCAAUGGGAGCUCUUUGUACCAAUCUUAAAUCCACGAGGGAAGAAGAGGAGGAAGAAAAUGAAGGAGAAGAAAGUUUACCGGAUGAGAGUGUAAAUGCUCCCGAAGAAUUGAGACAUUCGGAUCAUGAUAUACCACUUGUACCAGACGAUAAUGACGAGGAAGCGGAAAUCGAAAUUGAUGCGCCUCCUGCGAGAGAAACGGUGCAGAGGGAAAAUGAAGGAGAUAGAAAACGGACAACUUAUACCAAAUCCGUUUUUCAUCAUCGCCAGACGGAUCGAGAUACAGUGUGAGAUCCUCAGUUGCCAUUCCUACUUUUUACUACUUACCAGUUUGCUAAUACUUUAUUCCAAUAUAGAAAUUCCACUCGCUCACUAUACGAUUCCGAUGUUGUAUAUACACAACAGCAUGGCCGAGUUUAUGUAGGAGAUUACUACAUGCCAGUCGAUGAAGAAGAACUCGAUCGUCUACGUAUAAUCCACCAAAUAUACCUUCAGAUCUUCGAUAACGAACUUACAACUGUACCUUUGGAAUCACCUACUCGCAUUCUGGAUAUUGGAACAGGAGCCGGUGAUUGGGCUAUGGGAAUGGGUGAUCUAUGGCCCUCGGCCGAAAUAAUUGGAACAGAUAUUGCCAAAGUUCAACCCACAGCGGUCCCACUAAAUGUCUUCUUCGAGAUCGAUGAUGCGGAAGAAGAAGGUGGGUGGACAUGGCCACCUAAUGAAUUUGAUCUGAUUCAUUUGAGAGAUAUGGCAGGUGCAUUCGGUGAUUGGGAUCAUAUAUAUUCCGAAGCAUAUAUACAUUUAAAACCCGGUGGAUGGAUUGAAAUCAUGGAUUUCGAUGACCAUGAAGCUUUCCUUACCUUUUUCGAUGACGAUAGUCCAAUGCCAGCUCUCCUACGUGACAUGGAAGAAGCUGCUCGGAUAUCAGGACGACCACGAGGAGUUGCUCAUCUAGAAACGGAAAAAUUACGGAAAUUAGGGUUUGUAGAUGUGAAGGUUAAGGAAUUUGGGAUUCCAAUGGGAACAUGGCCAGAUGAUAAAAUUCAAAGGACGAUAGGAAAAUUAUGGUUGGUGUCGGCUUUGAGUUCAUUGGAAGCUUAUACGUUAAGAUUAUUAACGCAGGCUUUGGGUUGGGAUGAAGAGGAAGUGAGGAGAAGGUGCAUGAUAUGUGGAGAGGAUAUGAAGAGGGUUAGUUUAAAUGCGGAGAGAGCGAGGGGUUUAAAAACUAUGGUGAAGGUUUUGAUAGGUAGGAAACCGGGUUGGGAGGUGGAUGCUCAUGGAGAUGGAGAUGGAGAGAGUGUGAUGACGGAAACUCGGACGAUUCAUGGUGAUUGAAAUAUAACUUUGAGUGGGAAUUAAAUGCACCCCUUUAUAUUCGACUACUAGUGUAGUCAGUAGUCGAACAUCUCAAGUUCGUAUACCUAUUCUGUAUAGCGUUUCAAGGCAUUAUGUUUAUGAUUAUCCUCUUCUCAAUAUGGGAAUCUUCCUCUUCUGCGAGCAAGCAAGCAAGCGCGGCAUUUUGAUGUUUUAGUAUACUUACUUACCUGACGACA